AUGCGAGAAAAGUUUCGCAAAGAACAUGCGAAAAAAUUUAGGUAUGUGAUGGAGGAGUUAAAAUGGGUAGACGAUUUGAAUUGGACCUGGAGUUUGUUUCCUAGCCACGUGGCGCUGUUAGUACGCUUAGGAAUGUAAAGCUAUUGAAAAACGUGCACUGGCCGCUUACAGUAAUGUUUGGUUUGCAAUUAUAGAAAGACGUUGACGCAAAUUAAAUGGAUUUUUGUGCGCAAUUAUGUCAUUCUCUCUGCCUGGAUGGAAGCUGCUUGGUUGGAGGCUGCGAAUGUAUAAAGUGUUAUAAAUUCUGUUGGAGGUUGCGAAUGUGUAAAGUGUAAAGUGGUUUAAGUACUGAAAUUUUGUUUUGUUUGUUUAUAGAAAAACCCUUAUGAAUCUUCGAUUGUUAAGAGAUUUGGACGUACAACUAUUUAUGAAAAUAUUUCUUGUCAAUUAUCCUCUAUAUAAUUCCCCUAGAGACACAAAUAGGGAGCGAUGGCCUAUCGAUAUAUUGUGCGGCUUUGUCAACAAAGUCAUGGAAACCUUUUCAUCGUGAAAAAAACCUGAAAACUUUUUCCUUUAUAUUCAGUUAUAUGUAAAUUUUGUAAACGAAGUGUAAGAAGUUGUUUUUGUUUUUCAGAGACGUACUUAUCCUUUUGAAACCUUGUUCCUGAUGUUUCUUGGUCACCUUCAUUCACUGCGUGGUUUCUCAAUUUUAUUUAGGGCAUCCUGUGAAAGUAUAGAAAUGUAUGAAGAUUUAAAUUGGUCUACAAGCCUAAUUGUGUUAUGAUUAUCAAUGUAGAUUAUGUUUUUAUUUUCUAGACAUGUUGUAAAGGAUUUAAAACAUUGGAAAAAACAAAUGUAUUGCCCCUUUAGUAGAUGGCUGACCUUUUCCAAUUUUGGUCAUUGUGAUCACAUUUUCAAAUGGCAUUUAACGUUGGAUGGAUUAAGAAUGGCGUGGAAAGGCCAGCAAAUUAACUGGCAGAAAGAAAGUUAUUGUAUGGUAAAAUUGUAUUCUAGACCCGCAGGUUUUCUAGUGGAAGAACUCAGUUAAUGAAAGUGACUUUUUCCUUUAUCUUUUCUAGAAAAUCCCUGUUUGAAAUCAAAUGUCUCCCCUGUUGUCCUUUACAAAGGGGGUACAGCUCCGUGAAAUGUCAAUGCGAUUGCAGAUUAGGGGUGUUUAACCUUCUGCUUGAUGACUGGAUUAAAUUUCAAAGCUAUGAUAAUGAUUUUGACCCUACUGAAGCCAAUAGGCAAUUUAUUAGAGUGUACAGUGCUAUUCCUGAUAGAGAUGUGUUAUUUCAAAACCCUGACGAGUAUCCCGAAGAAUUACUUGAACAGUUAAACAGGAGGUUUCCCGAAGUGCAUUAAACUUGUAAAACGCUUUUGCUUUUAUAUAUUUCAAGAACUACCUAAGAAGAAUUAAAAUACAGACAAUUGUGAAAUUUACGCUUUGGAAAAACACAGCAGGUGAUGAAUUGUGCACACAUUGUGUACGCAUCGUGAGUUUAAAACUAUGUAUGGACGACAUCACAGAUGCUGGUUAUUGGAAAUAUAUGAACGCAACACCGUUACAAAAAGCUUAAAUGCAACUAAAAUGUUUUGUCAUGUAUCCACGUGUAUUUGGAGAAUUUUUGGCGAGUCGCAGUAUGUGACUCAUACGUCGUAUUUGUAAUGUAAGAAAGUACAUUGUAAAAGAACAGUGAAAAGUUUUUGUCUAGGGAGAAAGCAAAAACAACAUGAAAUAAAUGUUGUAGGGAAAGCGGGAAAAUAGCUUGAAGCAGGAAAAACGAAUUAAAGUAUGUAGAUGAUUUGAAUUAGACAUGAAGAAUGUUUCCCAGCCACGUGCUGCUGCUGUUACAGUCGAACGUUUCUGUUGUUUUAUAGAAAGACGCUAAAAAAUAUAAUGCUGCUAAAAGAUCUUGGCUGGCUGCUGUUUCAGAUUUUGUAUUUUGCUAAAAUAGUCGGAUUUGUGUUGUAAAAGGGUAAUUAACUAAAAAGAAAUUGCAUUCUGUUUUGUUUUGUAGAGAAACCUUGAUGCUAGUAGAAUGGUUGCCGUAUUUGGAAGCAUCUCUUUCUACAUUUCGAUUUUAUAUGUUUGUUGAAAGAAACAUACUUAUUGAUGUGGAUAUGCUACGAGAUUUAGAUUUACCCCUUUCCGUCAAA